AAAGUCGGAAAGUCGGAAUUAUUGUUAAAAAAUUUAUUAUUUCAUUCAUGAGUUAAGUGUUGAAGCAGCAGGUACACAUCAGCAGCAGCAGCAAGGAAUUUUAAUUCUUCCAUCUCUGUUGUGUGUCACUUACUUACCUAUCAAAAAAAGAGAAAAGUUAGCAAGCUACAAAAAAAAAAUAUUAAUUAGAAAAAGUCCCGCAAAGAGGAAAUACUGGUUUUCAAAAUUUUUAUUUAGAUGAAAUAAAUAAAAAUUUCAUGAAACAAAAAAUUCGGAAGAACGGACCACAAGCCGAACACUCGUUUGGAUUAAAUGGAUUAAUAGAAAAAAAUAACAGAAAAAAAUAAAAAAAAAAUCUGUGGUGAAAAAAUUAAAGUGAAUUGUUAUUAUUCCAAAGUAAUAAUAACUAAUUAAUUAAUUUAAAUUAAAAAAAAAAUAAUAAAAAAUAAAAUUACAUAAAAAUGGCUUGCAUACGAUCAAAUCGGUUUUGUGCCUGUGUCCAAGAUAAAGUGUCUCAAUUUGCAAAAAUUCUUCACAGCAAUCCACAACAACAAAUACUGAUUAAAAAGGAUUUUACAACUACAUCUUUCAAUCCAGCGAAAUCACAACAGGUACCCUUGACGGGCACCUUAGUGAGCAAUAUUUCGAAAAAAUGUCAGCCAUCAACAACGCCAUCAUUACCUAUAGUGCAUCCAUGUAUAAGAGGAUUCAGUUCUGCGCACACAAAUCAACCUGCGGCACCAGCACAAAAAGAACAGAAAAUCGAUCCUUAUGCUCUGCUGGAAGACGAUCUCAAAGACAUAUUUGAGGAUGUGAGACAAGAACUGCAUCGUGGCACAAACCAACCCGAACUUGACGAAAUUGCAAUAUACUACUUCGAUGGACAAGGAAAGGCACUUAGGCCGAUGGUUGCUAUGCUGAUGGCUCGGGCGCUAAAUUAUCACGCACAAAACGAAUCCAGAACAACUCUAUACAAACAAAGACAAGUCGCCAUGAUAUCAGAGAUGAUUCACUCAGCUAGUUUAGUUCAUGACGAUGUCAUAGAUCAAUCGUAUUCGCGAAGAGGUAAACCAAGUGUAAAUAUUUUGUGGAAUCAUAAAAAGGUCACAAUGGCUGGCGAUUAUAUUUUAGCAAUUGCUUCAACCUUAAUAGCUGGACUCAAACACGAUGAAGUAACAUUAGUACUUAGUCAGGUGUUAACGGACUUAGUUCAAGGAGAGUUUAUGCAACUCGGAUCUAAGGAAACUGAAAACGAACGAUUUGCCCAUUACUUUACAAAGACCUACAGAAAAACUGCCUCUUUGAUCGCAAAUAGUCUUAAAGCUGUGGCAAUUUUAUCUGGCGUAGAAGAUCCCCUUGUAGAAUUAUCCUUCCAAUAUGGCAGAAAUUUAGGUUUAGCUUUCCAAUUUGUUGACGACUUACUUGAUUUUGUGUCAUCAUCUGAGCAAUUGGGUAAACCAGCGGCGGCAGAUCUUAAAUUAGGACUAGCAACAGCACCAGUUUUGUUCGCAUGCGAAAAGUAUCCCGAACUGAAUCCCAUGAUCAUGCGUCGCUUCCGCGAGCCCGGAGACGUCGAGAAGGCCUACGAACUGGUACACAAGUCACAAGGACUCGAACAAACAAGAUUUUUGGCCAAAAAGCACCUUAUCGAGGCAAUUAGACUGGCAUCACAGCUGGCCGAGUCGCCGUACCAAAAGGGUCUCGUCACCGUCACGGAUUUCGUGCUCAACCGAAUGAAAUAACGACACAACAUUAAAUAAUUUAUAAUUUAUUUUCUAUUAUUUUUUGCAACAAUAUAACAAAAGAACAGCACCAACAAACAAAAAAAAAAUAACCAACAAUGGCUCUACAUUUUUGUUCUAAAUUUUUAUUCUGUCUGUCACGAAAAAAUUGUUUUUUUUAGUGAAAUCUGUUUUUUUUUUAAACUGCAAUUAAUUAUUUAU